AUACGUGAUACAUGACAACCAACUUUGACAAUUUAAUGGGAUUUGGGAAGCGGCAAUCCACAUGAAAGGCAAGAAUGCCCAAUACCUUAGGUAGGUACUAGAUGUACUCACCACCUGCCUACAUGCAGGUAGAAAGCUUGGAGUAUCGAUGUUUUACCAAAAGAUACAGUCGCCUUGGCAGGCGCGCUUCGCACUCUCCUCCAAUUGCCUAAGGAACCAUAUUUGACAAAAGCAAACGGAAGGAAAAGGGAAUACAUAAACCUACCUAGACACCUAACAUUCUCGCAACCCCAGUUCAACCUUCAUCCUCUGAAAAUCACCCCGCACUAGUAAUCACAACAUCCAAUUGCGGAUAUGGCUGAUACCAAAGCAACUCAACCUACCAUCUUAUUGAUAUCUCUCCUCUUGGAGUUGUGGUUCGACGAAAUGUAUGCUCCUCUGCUCACCACACUUGGUUCAAAAGCAUCAGUGAAGCGCGUCAAGAAAGGUCCCUCCGCCAUCCGUCUCCUAACAGAGACCCCACGACCUUCUGCCGUCUUAAUCACGGAUGCAGCACCGAGCAAGGAAGAACACUCGGAUGUCUGGGAUGCGAUUCUCCAGUAUGUACGCCAAGGCGGCACGGCCGUUAUCAUGGGUCAAUUCUCCUCCUUUGUCAAACCCCCCAGCAUGGAACCUUUCUUUUCUAAGGCAGGUUUACCCUGGAAAAAUGGCCCUUACUAUCGGACGACCUUUAAGAUCAAUCGAGGCGCGACUGGCGACAAUAUCGCCGCACAUCUUCCGGAAAGCUACAGCCAGAAGGCGCUGUUUGUGAAAGACGUCGCACUAGCCGAUUCUUGGUACGUGACAGACGAUAAUUCGGUCAUCGAGUCUCACGUUUUCGCUCCGGAAAACGCGCAUACCCCGGGAGAGACGCCUGUCGCGUUUGCGAGUGUUGGGGAGGGGAAGCUUGGAUAUGUUGGCGAUGUAAACAGCGAGGUGGGAUCGACCCGCGUUGUCUUGGCGAUGUGUGGGUUACCCGGAGAGAUCUAGUUAAAUUGGUGGCGCUAUCUAUGAAGUCAUCGCCAUGUUGUGCAACCUAAUCUCACUACGGAGCAUCGGAACUUAAGAUCUAGGCUACAUGCCCUACUUCCCCCUUUUCCACUUAGGUAGUAAUGAGACGGUCUUUCUGUGAACAAGUCUGGUACUGAAGGAAAGGGGAUAGGAGUUGAAGGACGCGAUGUAGGGGC